GGCUUGCCUCAGUACGACCCGCGCAAGCAGAGGGAUAGGGCGCAAACGAUGCUCCCUAAACCCUGACCGCCGGUGCAACUGCACCAGACUCCAUGUGACCCCAUGUCUCCCUGUCUGAAGCCUGUUUUGAUAUUAGCCAUGAUUUUCACCGCUACUGCCUUCACGAUACUUGGAUUUUUUAUUUUCAGCCCUGUACAUAAGGUAGCGUCCGAGACACCCUGCCCUGACGGCCGGUUCUGCCCGCCUCACUGGCUGUGCUGCGAGGCGGGGUGCUGCGCCCCGCCCACGGCGCCGCCCAGACGGGAACAGGAGGUUAAGGAGGUCUACCGGUAUCCGUGGUACGCGCAAUGGCCAGUCCUCUUCCUCCUCGGCACACUAGGCGGCAUCCUGAUCUGCUGCGUGUGGUGCCUAGUCUUCAAGCGGAGUUCACACCGCGUAUACAUGUGUUCGCUGUCGUGCUGCGCUCGCCGGCCUGCCUCGGACCAUGAUUCUGCUGGCUCAGUGUAUCCACCGCCUAGAUAUAGCCGCUGCGGCUCGUUUCAUCAAGCUCCUCCGCCGUAUUCAGAGGUGACAAGCAAACCCGAUUUAUUUCCAUUGGUCAUCACGUGUGAAGAAGGAGACGGCAAGUCCGGAGGGAAUUAUCUGAUGGUCCACUACUUUAGGAACUACGUCAUUCGGGCGCCGGGUUCUCUAUCAGCGACGAGUACUGCAGAAUCUCUCAACUCCAGUUUCAUAUGCAACGCAGCAAAUGAAGCAAAUACGGUCGUCCCGCCUCCGUAUUCCACGGACUUCGAGUCGUUCACGGGCUGCGGCCUGCUACGUUCGCUGUCCUCGCUAACUGAGAGGGAACCCCGUGCUCCUCCGAGAUCCCGCACCGUCCCCGAACCUGCACCCAGAGAAACUACAGCUUUCAGGGAAAAUCUGGUUACAUCACCCGUUCAACCCAUGCAGGAUCCCGCCUUCGACUUAGAACUAGAGCUGAUAGACUGCGAGAUGUACUGUGACGGCGCCUGCAAGCCGCGGCUCGGCGCCUCGCCCCCCGCGCACCGCUCCCCCGCCCGCGACGACAACUACGAGCACGAGGCUUACGGCCUCCGCCACCUCUUCACCUGCCCCUCCACAGAACUAGCCGGCGCCUGCGAAUCCCCCCCACAGCCAACAAGCCCUACACAAUCCAGAGAAUCGACCUUAAGAAGACCUAGCGACGAAAGAAGGCACCGGAGGAUAGACAGUGUGAAAAAGACUCCGAAGGCCAGGAAGUCGAGCUUAUACAUGCCUUUGUCAGUGGCUUAUCCCGUUAGGACUUCAAGAGUGUCGCCCGGGUUUAGAGUUUCGUCUAGGUCCGCGCCAGCCACGCCCUGUGGGGCUUUAGUGCCGAAUUUGCUUCACUUCAGCCAAAGAGUGUCGGCGACGAGGCAUGGCUCCCGCUCGUCUAGGUGUGACGAAGAGAAUGAUCCACUCUUGGACGCUGAGACUGAGACGCGCACCGAUCACAAGUUUUAAUUUGACACGCUACGCUGCUUGACACUUUUUUACUUUUUAACCCAGUAGCUCGGUUAAACGAUACGGUACAGCUAGAAUUUAUCACGUGGAUAAAAAAUAUCCCUGUAAAUUUGUAAAGUAUUACAUUUGUGCUGUGAGGUACGAUGUUUUAUAAACGCGAUAAAAGCUGGCCUAGCACUGUACUACGAGAAGAUCAAAAUUGUCAGUCUUCGUGAUUUUCCUCUUCGGCUUGAUAUAUAGGUUCCGUAGAAUCUGCAACUUCUACGGGCCAUUGUGGGAGCGUUUACCAAUGUAAUACCAAUACCAAUGUUCAAUGAGCAAAAAUACUGGGAGAUAUAGAGUUGGACCAAGCUAACAAUGCGUGGGAUUUGCAAAAGUGUGGCAAAUUUAUAUGAAAAUGUGACGUUUAUAAUGACACUUUCUGUUCUAGUCUGUGCAAAGUUAGCUUAGAUGGACUCUCUCCAAUAUAAAGUCUGUGCGGAAAGAGAAUAGUCGUGAAAUGUAUGGGCACCAAUACAUUCCACGACACUCUUUCCGCACAGACUCCAACAGUCGAAUCGAUUGACUCCGUGUAAACACGCCCAUAAUGCAAAAUGGGAGAUGACUGGUAUUUGUGCUAAAUAAGGAUGGGCAUAAGAUAUGGAAACUGAUUAUGGCCGUCUUCUUUUAAAUACUCUCUGUAAAGUUUUAAGGUCGAUAUGGAGAAGACCAGCAACCAGUCCAGCAACAUUUUUGGUUAGACGACCGCCAUAACAAACAGAAAUAAAACGUUUUGCUCUAUCUGCUCUACCAAUCUUCUGUAAGUGGGGUAUGUAUAUAAACACGAGAGCUAUAAUAGAAGCGGAGGAAGAGCUUGUAGACGGUCUUCUCCUUAUUGACCUUACCGAAGUUUUAAACAUGCGGCCUAACGGAUCCCCGACUGUUUUAUAACGCAGUUUAAUUGCUACCACUUUCUACGACGUCAGUCCCUUUCGUUCGAUAGUACACAGUACACGUAUCACCAAACAUAUAUUAUAACAAAAUAGAUUGACGCCGGUGAGAUUUUUCAAUUAAGGAUGACUCACGUUAGACCGGGCCGUGUCUGGCCCGGAGCUUCCCGCGCUUACUUUUAUGACAUGACAGGCGAUCACGUGAUGCUUUCCAUAGAAAACGAUGCUCCGGAAGCUCCAGUCCGGACACGGAUCGGUCUAACGCGAGUCAUCCUUUAGGCUGACGGUGUCCGUGUGACAAAGUCCCACAUUCUCAAUGUUGUGAAUGUCAAUUUUAUGCUCAUUAUUACCUUAGAGCGUUCUACGCAACUGUGUAGUUAGUUUAAAUGUUAUUCGAGAAUUAUGAUAUUAUUAUUGCAUUUAAAUUUAAGGAAAAGAGCUUGAUGGACCAUUGUUCACAUGCCUUCUAAAUAAGAACCUAAUAAUGC